AUGAUUGUGGAGCAGGCAUCAGGGAUGCCGUUGGUUUAUGAAGUGCUUCGUCCUCCGAGGACAAUCGCCGACUUGCAGUUGUGGAAUGAGUGCUAUUUGAGAUGGAUUCCUGCUGCUAAUGUCACGCGUGGCGGUCCUGUCAUCGAUGAUUUAGCCCUGAAGGAAGCAAUAGAGGAAGAGUUUCCAUCUAGUGCGAGUGUUCUUUCAAGGGUCGGAGCAACCAUUGUUGACAUGAAUAAGAUCAGCUCCGCACAUCCGUAUUCAGUCGCUGAUAUCAACUAUCGCGGCUAUUUCGCCAAUCGCGAAUACGAUUCGUUGUCUCUUUCGUCAAUGUCGUUGUCAGUUCAUGAGGAUAGGUGGAAAGUGAGUUCAUGA